UUUGAUUGUCCUGACCAGAGAUUAAAGAGGUGUCUGUAAAAUUCACAUCCAGAGCCCCAUUUCCAAGGGGUUUAUAUACAGCACUUUGGUUCAAGUCCUUUUCCCAGUAUGUUACAUAAAGCAAAUCUACUCAGUGGAUUGUUAAUGGGCUGACAGAGAGAAAGAGCCUCCCAUUAUGCUGAUUUUUUUCCAGAUAAGACAACGAGCAUAAACAGUGCUUUCCUGGACAAGGAUAUUGUGAACAAGUAUCAUUCCACACAAGAUGCUCACAGCCUCCUUUAUCAUGUUGAAGUCAUUCUCAUGAGGGUCUCUUGAUAAUUUACACUUUUCUUUCUCAGGGCUGGGAGAAGGUUCUGCUCUUCUUCACCCGGACAGCAGGUCCCACCCUCGGUCCUUGGAGAAGAGUGCAUGGAGGGCUUUCAAGGAGUCACAGUGUCACCAUAUGCUGAAACAUCUUCACAAUGGAGCCCGGAUCACUGUGCAAAUGCCUCCCAAUAUUGAGGGACACUGGGUCUCUACUGGCUGCGAAGUUAGAGCAGGCCCAGAGUUCAUCACAAGAUCUUACAGAUUCUACCACAAUAAUACAUUUAAGGCCCAUCAGUUUUAUUAUGGUGGCAAUCGCUGCACAAAUCCUAUCUAUACAUUAGUUAUACGUGGCAAAAUUCGUCUCCGCCAAGCAUCCUGGAUCAUUCGAGGGGGUACUGAAGCUGAUUAUCAGCUACGCAGCAUACAGAUCAUAUGCCACAAUGAAGCAAUAGCCAAAAAAUUAAGCCAGGUGGUGAACCAUACAUGUCCUGGAUUUAUACCAGAAGAUAGUCCUUGGGAGCAGGAUGUGAGCUAUGAUUUGCUGAGAGAAGAGAAUGGUUGUGAAUGCACCAAAGCUCUGAAUUUUGCCAUGCAUGAACUCCAGCUGAUCCGUGUGGAGAAACAGUAUCUGCAUCACAAUUUAGAUCACCUUGUGGAGGAGCUAUUUCUCGGAGACAUUCAUACUGAUGCUACUCAGAGGAGGUACUAUCGGCCUUCUAGUUACCAGCCUCCUCUUCAAAAUGCCAAGAACCACGAUCACACCUGUAUUGCAUGCCGAAUCAUCUACCGCUCAGAUGAGCACCAUCCUCCCAUCUUACCCCCCAAGGCGGAUUUGACUAUAGGGCUACACGGAGAGUGGGUGAGCCAGCGUUGUGAGGUGCGACCUGAGGUCCUCUUUCUCACUCGGCACUUCAUCUUCCAUGACAACAACAACACCUGGGAAGGUCACUACUAUCACUACUCUGACCCCAUCUGCAAACACCCCACCUUUACCAUCUACGCCAAGGGGCGCUACAGCCGAGGAGUGCAUUCUUCCAAAGUGAUGGGUGGAACAGAGUUCGUAUUCAAAGUAAACCACAUGAAAGUCACUCCCAUGGAUAUAUCCACAGCCUCGCUGCUGAACGUCUUCAAUGGGAACGAGUGUGGAGCGCAGGGAUCCUGGCAAGUCGGAGUUCAGCAAGACGUUACUCACACAAACGGCUGCAUUGCGCUCGGCAUCCGCCUACCUCACACCGAGUAUGAAAUCUUCAAAAUGGAACAGGACACCAGGGGCAGGUACUUGCUGUACAAUGGCCAAAGACCGAGCGAUGGGUCUAGCCCGGACAGACCGGAGAAGAGAGCCACUUCCUACCAGAUGCCUUUAAUUCAGUGCGCUUCAUCAGUGCCCAGAUCUGAAGAGUCACCAGAGGAGAGUAAAAUAAGGCUGUAUAGCAGCGGGUCAGCAGAAAAAUAUUCCAGCGGCCCAGCUCUUGCUUUGGUGUUGUUUAUUUGUACUGUGUCAUAUUGGGACAUGCUCAGCUAGAAGUGAAAAAAUUAUUUUUCAUGACUGCAAAGCCAGGAUACCAGAAGACUGAAGGUUGUUUUUCUUCAGAAAGAAAGGGACAUUUAUUUUCUUGAUGCACUUGAAUGCCUAAGAAUUGUUGUUCUUUUCCUUAUUUUUCCCCCUCCUUGAAUCAUGAACGGCACUCGUUUGAUGUCUGUGCUUUGAACUUCAUCCAGUCUGAUCCCUGGCCUGACAUGACUGCACAAAAGUAAUUGCACUUUAGGACUGCAGACUUUUUGGGGGGAGGGAGGGGGUCUCCUUUUCUUAACUGCUGGGGUGAACGUUACAAUACUGCUUCAGUUGCCUCUGCCAUUUUACCAAUGUGGUACUUCUCUGCCCAAGGCUCAAUUUCUCAUCAGAAUUCAACUCUGAGGAAUCACUCAGUGUAGUGUUAAUACUGUGAUAAUGGAUUCUCACUUUGACCUUAGAACUCUGAUGUAGAUAUGUAUAUAAGAGAGAAACCCACAAGGAUUUAUCUAAUCAUUAUCUCACAGCUCAUAACACAAAAAGAAUCGGCAAAUAAAACAAUCCUCCAUUCAGAUAAGUGCUAAAUGGUUGGUAUCUCCAAUUAAAAAAAUAUUCUAAGUAAUUUAAACUAUCUUUACACUCAUUAAGUUGUAGAAAUAACCAAUGACUUAGUAUUUUCUCAAUUUCCUUAGUUAUGUAAUUGCUUCUAGGCCUCCCUUUUUAUCUAGUGAGUAGUUAACAACCAAACCCUCUUAAAGCCAGAUAGAAAAAGCAUUUUUUUAAUCAGAUGUGCACUGUACAGGUAAGUUGGUGAUAUAAGGUUGAAGUGACGUGUUCUGUUUACAUAUUCACGAGGCCUUAUAUACUCUCUGUGCAGUAUUUCUACCUUGGAUUUUGCUUUUUCCAGGUGGACAAACUAUAAAGAAGCAUAUGGGGCUGCAGGACAUUCUGCAACCCACUCUCGCAGCAUUAUUUUAAUGAUGUAAAGGGACAUUACAAAGGAACAAGUAAAGGGUCUUAGCAGCAAACACACCAGGAGCCCUAGUAUUGCUUUUAGUUUAGAGAGCAAGAAAGCAGUAGGAACCAGACCCACAUCCAUCUCAAAGAGAGAGAGACUGGCCCAAUCUUUGUCAGAGUUGUUGGAGCAAGAGUUGCACAAACGCAGCCAUCUCCAUUUUCUCCCUGCUAGACAGUCCCUACACACCUUGUGGUUUCACCAACUUUAAGCCUACCUCAGUUUGGGGAGACACCGCCAAGAAGACAUAGGCACAGCCCUCACAGAGCUUCCCUCAACAACACGCUUCUUGAACACCCUAGGAUCUCCUCCGGGGAGAAAAUUUUCUCCUAUACACACAGACGUGAACCAGAGCAAGUGGAUGCUCUCAGAAGAGCCAACAGGGGAGAUAAGGCCAUCAAGGAGGUAGGUUCAGGUCACAGGUGAAGCAUGCUCCCCCGUUUUGAAGGGGACCAAGCUGAGGGCAUGGCUUAGCCUUGUAGCGUUUGCGACAUGCCUUUAAUGAUACACAGGAGCAUUUGGGCUCACAGGAGGAGCGGGAACCUAUGUAAGAAACGGGAGGAACAAGGUCAUAGUGUUCCUUCAUCAGGAUUUAAGUAGAACCUGCCCAGUCCAGACCAGAGAGAAAGAACCCUCAGAAGUGUCCUUUUUAGCAUUAUAGGAAAGACAUGUCUUGAAUAAAGGUCUUUCAGCUUUACAUAGGUGAGUACAUACUGUGUGCUAUAGCAAAAACGUUCUUUAAAAACAGUGAUACCAUGAUUCUUCCUAGGAAAGCAAGCAGGAAAAAGCUAUUCAAGUCGCAAUGGCGAUACAGAGGCUCCCUGACUAACUCCCCAAAGUUUGCUGCUUUGCUGACAAUUUUUCAAGCUGGUGUCAGCCUUUGAUGCACACUUCCUCACAGAGGGGCACAAAAUCAUUUCACCUGUUUUUGGGACAGCACAAACAAGAGGAAGUGGUUAAGGAACAACCACAGACUCACUGCCAGAUCAGAUCACACCUUUCACGUUUUUUCUUCAAACAGAUGAAAAGUCACAGAAAACCCAACGGAGCAGUCAGGAAUGCAGCUCAGGAGUCAUCAGAGAAAGCAUUUGUCCAUCCAUCUAAUUACCAGAUUGUCCUUCAGCAUGCUGGAAGGAGCCAGGAGCCAACUCACCCUGAUGAACCAAGCCCUGAGAACAACAGCUGGUCUAAUCACCGUUUCUUGCUGUGGCUCUCUGCUCCACGCAGUUAAAACUGCUCAGAGAGGGUCAGUUCUGGAUGAGCUGCUGGUAGGGAGGCAUUAGGGGCACAGCUUUAACCAAAGGGUCAAGAGAGCAACACAAUCCCUAUACCUCUGGAAGACGACACUAAGUACCAGAAAGGAGUUUCUCUAGUUAGACGGGAGUUUUAUGUUCAGCAGAUUUACACCAGCCCGUCUCCAACUGAGCGACUCCUGAUCUAUUACCAGUCAAACAAGUCCCUUCAGAUACUAACUUAGUUUCUCACUUUUUUUUAAAUUGCAUGAGGGAAUUCAUAUUUGUUUCUAUUUCUAAAGAUGCAUAUGGUGUGUAUUUCUUAAAACUCACAAAACAUGCUUCUUUCUCCAUUGCCUGUUUCCACCUUAGGAGGUCUCCUUUUCUGAAAAAGGUCAUUAUAAGUCGUUUGGAAUUAUUAAACACUGAUCCUGCACUAUGUGGGUGCCACACGCUGCUUAGUCCCAGCUGAAAUCUGCACAUUGUUGUAAUGCAGGAUCGAACCCCAUAGCCAAAGAACUUGUCUUCACCGUGAUAUUCAAUGUUUAGUAGAGCAAGGAUCUACAAUUUAUUAGUGUUUCCUAGCUCCUUGGUAAAUUGCUCAGUUUCAGAACUAUCACAAGUUUCAAAAGAGAAAGACCUGUCUAGUUCUUUCCUCCAAAAAGCACGUUCAUAUUCAAAAUACAAUAAACACUCACUUUAAAUCACAGUUUCAUUUAGGUUUUCUGAGAGUUUUAUCAUUUGCACUAAUUGCAAGUGUAACAAUAUAAGAAUUGUACAACAACUGUGUUUUUUUUCUGUCACCUAGAGAUACUUAAAAAGGAAGCACUUCACAAUGCAUUGCAAGAAGUCUGAUUUGGGGCUCUUCCAGUUCAUUUGUAGUGUUGACUAGGAACAUAAUUUUAUGAUCAGGGUUCUUAGCGUAUGCUGCACCAGCCUUCUGCCAAACCUUGUAUAUAUAUAUAUAUUUUUUUUCCUGUUAGUCAACAGAAGCCAAGAUGGACAAAGAUAAAAAUAAGUCUUCAGAGUGCAUACUUUAUUUGUCAAUCCAUGUUCUCUACAGGGAUUCGCCUAGGUUACAGGCGCAGAACUAGGAGCUAAGCUUCCUUCAUCUUCUCAUUUCAUCACGCGCUAAGGUACCGGUUGUACAACACCAUCUACAUACGUGACACAAUAUACUCCAUUCAUUUCAUUUGUUUAACCUAACCUCCUCAAAUGCUGGCAGCCCUGGCUGCUAAAGAGCUUAAGCACAAGUGGUUUAGCAGUGGCAGGCCUGCAAAUUCUGUAAUUUGUCCCAUAUCAAAGCUCAAACAUUUUAAAAGCAGAAGGAUUAAAGUGAUACUAACUGUCACUGCAGCCAGGAUGAGUGAAAGAAGUGUAUCCCUUAGCACCAUUGUAAUUGCCUACUCAACGAGUCACCUGACCCCCCAAAAAUGGUAUAUCUGAAGAAGCUCUUGGGUAAAUUAUUUUUUCAUGUUCUAUUUUAAAAAGGACAAAAGGGAUCAGAAAGUUAAAACAAAAGUGUUCCUCGUCUGUUUCUACAUCACUUACAUAUUGUGUUUGCUACCCUGGGGUGGAAUGUCAUUUUUAUGAGCAGAAGUCCAUAUUUUGAGAUAUAAUGUCUAUCGUGCUGGAGUUGGAGUGUGCUUGCUCAAAGCACAGGCUUUUUUUAAAGAAAUCUUUCUAUUUUUGUAACGUUAUAGAAGAUGUUUUUCUUCUCAACUAUAUGUCCCAGACUAAACUGCCGGGGAAGUUUAAGCACUUGUUAAAAUACUGAUUGAAAUUAAAAAAAAAAAAAAAAAAAAAAGCCUAACUGAAAAAUUAAGGAUCUCUCUGCAUCUUCUGCAUAAUAAUUUUCUGUUCUGUCACCUCUCCCAUGUGUAAAGAACGGUCCGUGUCUUGGAAAGCUGUAUCCUUGUCUAGUAUCUCCUCUAGUUGUGCACAGAUAAGCUUACUGUAUACCAGAAAAUAAUUUCAUCUGAGAACGUC